AUGGGAACACUGGGGUUUCUAAGCGAAUGGAAAUUCGCCGAAUACAAGCGCGCCUUUCGUGAAGUAUACAUGUCAGGAGCCGGUGUCGGAGAUCGGGCACCGAUCCUAGACCAGAUGGAAGAUGGGACAGGGCCGACGGGAUGGUCUUCGGUUCGUGGAAAGUCAAUGGGUUCAACCCGGGGGGCUCGGAUUCUGAUGCGGAACCGCCUGAAGGUCGGGCUGUUCACGGCCGACGGCAAACCAAUCCAAGGACAACAAAACACCCCUGUCGCAAAGGAUCCUCUGGGUACCCAGGGGGUGUAUGUAAUGAAUGAAGUGCUUCUUCAUCGCGGCAAAGAGCCACAUCUAGCUGUGGUUGAUGUGUACGUCGGCGGUCGGUUCCUGACGGAAGCAGUGGCAGACGGGAUGAUCAUCUCAACGCCUACGGGCAGUACGGCAUACAGCUUGAGCAGUGGGGGGAGCAUUGUCCAUCCCCUGGUACCGGCCGUGCUUUUGACGCCUAUCUGUGCUCGGAGCCUCAGCUUCCGGCCUCUGGUCCUGCCCUCGAGUACUCCGAUCACGCUUCGACUGAGUGAAAAAAAUCGGGGGCGGGAGCUAGAGAUCAGCAUUGACGGGGUCAAUUUGGGACAGGGGAUGACGGUGGGGACGGAAGCUCGCGUGUGGAAUGAGGAGAUGCGGCAUGGCAAGAACGAGUGGCAUGGCGGCGUGCCAUGCGUGAUGCGGAAGGUCACAGGCGCUGAAGCGCAUGAUGGCUGGGUGGGUGGACUGAAUGGACUGCUGAAGUUCAAUCAUCCGUUUGGAGAGGAGCCCUGA